GAUGCCUGCUGAGGUGAAGGAGGAACAAAGCUCGGAGGGUCCUUCUGCUCUGGCUCUGAGCCAGGAGCCCAAAGAGCCGCCAGGGGAGCUAGCGGCCACCAACGAUGACCUGGACACGCCCACUUCCAACGCCUCCGCUGUCACCUCCACCAAUGACAACUCCACAGAGACUGACACGCCGCUGCAAACAGACACCGAGGAAGCCAAGCAUGCCCAGACCCCAGACCCUUGCAUCCCCCUGCUCCCACCAGACACGGAGGACCCCGUCCCCCCCGACCAGCCCCCCGAGGAGGACCCCGUCCCCCCUGACCAGUCCCCCGAGGAGGACACCGGCGCCCCCAAGGAUCCACCGUGGAACGAGUCCAUGAUCCCCAGAGCCACCCUGAUCCCCACCCCCACGUCCAGCCUCGCCAACGCCACCACCCCUACCCCUACCAACACCAUCACCCCCACCCCCACCAACGUCAUCACCACCACCCCCUCCAACGCCACUGUCAUGUUCAACAUCGCCACCAACGCUGUGCCCUCCAUUGUCACAACCGGUGACGACCCCACAAACGCCAACCUCACUGCCACCGCCUCGACCAUCUUCACCCCCCCAGCCCCUCGCCCCACCGACCCUCCACCAGCCACUCCUGAUGUGCACGGCCUCCUCAACCUCCCUGGCUCCUACGUAGGUCUCGGGGGCGACCUGUGUAUCGGGUACGGGAGCCUGUCUCGGGGGGUCCACCACAGCUAUUGGCCUCCCAGGAACUACCCUCCAGGGGGUCACUACACCCUGCCCCUACCCAGGGAUAACUACGGGCCUGGGGGCCAGGAGAGACCCAGGGAGGGACCAGGAGAGACCCAGGAGGUGAAGGCUGAGUACCCAGCCGGCAGCUACCCAACCCUGGGGGGAGUCCACCAGUUCAGACCCAUCACCACCAUGGAGCUUCUCAGGGAACCCUCCAGAACCAGAGGGGGCUACGAAGACGGCAUCAUCCCCCAGGUGGACGUAGACCCCGGCUCCUUCUUCCACCCCAUGUCCAGGGCCCAGACCCUCCAGUUCCCCCACAAGCGAAGCAGCAUGGUCAGCCUGGACGGCAUCCGCAGGGACCCCCGCUGGAGGGACCCCAACCUGCGCGAGGUCAUCACCAUGCUCAGCCACCCCAUGGACCCGGUCAAGUCCAACGCAGCCGCCUACCUGCAGCACCUUUGCUACGAGAACGACCGCAUCAAGCAGGACGUGCGCCAGCUGAAGGGGCUUCCUGUUCUGGUGGACCUGCUGGAUCACCCCAAGGCCGAGGUCCACCGCAAGGCCUGCGGAGCCCUCAGGAACAUCUCCUACGGGAAGGACCACGACAACAAGGUGGCCAUCCAGAACUGCGAUGGCCUCCCUGCCUUGGUCAGGCUGCUGCGGAAGUCCAGUAACAUGGAGGUCAGAGAGCUCGUCACAGGAACUCUCUGGAACCUCUCAUCCCACGAACCCUUGAAGAUGAUGGUCAUCAACCACGGUCUCCAGACCCUGACUGAUGAGGUCAUCAUCCCGCAUUCUGGUUGGAGGAGAGACCCCACAGAACAUUCCAGGCCCCGGGAGACGGAGUGGACGACCGUCUUCAAGAACACCUCCGGAUGUCUGAGGAAUGUGAGCUCAGAUGGGGCUGAAGCUCGUCAGAGACUGAGGGAGUGUGAGGGGCUGGUGGACGCUUUGCUCCACGCUCUUCAAUCUGCAGUGGCCACCAAGGACACAGAUAAUAAGUCAGUAGAGAACUGUGUCUGCAUCUUAAGGAACCUCUCCUACCACGUCCACAAAGAGGUUCCGGGGGCGGAGCGCUUUCAAGAGCCCCCGGCCAAUCACGUCCCCCGAUCUGGAGGACAGCAGAAGAAGAAGACAGAGGCUGACUGUUUCGGAAGCAAAAGGGCAAAAGAGGAGUGGUUCAAUCAAGGUUGGAGAAAUGGGCUUCUAGACAAGAAGUAUGAAACGCUGGAUUUGCCAAAACGCAGACAACCAAUGAAAGGUCUGGAUCUGCUGUAUCAGCCCGAGGUGGUGAGGCUGUAUCUGUCCCUCCUCACCCGCAGUCAGAACCACAACACCCUGGAGGCCGCAGCAGGAGCGCUGCAGAACCUCGCGGCGGGACACUGGGCCUGGUCCAGCUACAUCCGAGCCACAGUCAGGAAGGAGAAGGGACUCCCAGUCCUGGUGGAACUUCUGCGUUCGGAUGCUGACAAGGUAGUCCGUGCUGUGGCCAUAGCUCUCCGCAACCUGGCCAUCGAUCGCCGCAACAAAGACCUCAUAGGGGGCUAUGCAAUGAGGGACCUGGUUAGCAACCUGCCCUGUGGCCAGCAGGGGCCAGCCAAAAAUCUAGAGGGGGAUACUGUGGUGGCUGUUUUGAAUACCAUCCAUGAGAUCAUCACAGACAGCCUUGAGAACACCAGAGGGCUCAUUCAAGGACACGCCAUCCAGAAACUUAUUGCAAUCAACAAGACCAGCCAAUCAGUGCGUGAGACGAAGGCCGCCUCUCACGUGUUGCAGACCGUGUGGGCCUACAAGGACCUGAGGAACAAUCUGUUCAAAGCUGGCUGGAACAAGAGCCACUUCAAGCCAACGACAACUGGAGUGACGAAAAAAAACAAGAAUACAAAGCAGGGCUACGAUGACAUCACCCUGCCCCUCAUGGAAAGAAAUCAAGAAGGAUACUCUGUGUCAGAGCAGGCUGACAGAGUGGCCGAGGGACCUGGCCACGUGUUGGAGAGAGAGGCGUUCCAGACGAUUCCUGAGAGGAAGCACUUUAUCAGAGCUGUGAGACCUUCGGUGGGUCUCGUGGACCGCAAACCCCCUCCUCUCGACUCCUGGGUGUGAAAACUGCUGGGUGGGCUGUAGUGCAGGAAACAUUAUAUUGCAGAUGCAUAUAGACGAUGACAGACAUUGGUAGAAGCCAUUGGUGAUGUGGAUCAUUUUACAAUUAGGAAGAAAGAUGGAUCCUAGGCAAUAGAAGCCUAUUCCUCAACAGAUCUGAAUAGUGUGUAUAUUUGGUCCUAUAUUUCAUGUCAGUGUCAUCAAAAAAAUCAAGGAGAAUUAAUACUACAUUUUCUACACAUGUUGUAUAAUAGUCCAGUAGGAUAAGUGGAAUUAUCCAGCAAAAUAUUCAGAAUUCAAAAUGCAUUACAGAAUCUAUGCGAUUAGAAUUAGUCAAACUCACAUCAACACGACUUUGAAGUUACAGUGGAGACUACUUUUUAGAAUUUCCUGACCACCCUUUGACUCUAGUGAUAUACACUAUGUUGGUUCAUUUUCCUCAAGUUGUGCAGAAUUUCCUUAUUUAUUAAUUGAAAGGCCAGUUAAAAUGAGAUUGUAAAUGUGUAAUAAGAUUGUUAAUAUUCUAAAUGAAGGCAUUUAUAUUGUAAUAUUCAUUGUAAUACUCAUGUUAUUUAUUAGCAAUUGUGGAUGUUGUUACCUUGUACCCAGAAAACGGAAUGGAUACCUUAACAUCAAAAUACUAGUGUCAUUUUAACAGAAGCUGAAAUUCAAGA